AUGCCACCAAAGAAGAAAGGAGCUCAAGAGAAACCGGUCUUAUUAGGAAGACCGGGUAACAAUUUAAAAUCCGGUAUUGUUGGUUUAGCCAAUGUUGGUAAAUCAACUUUUUUCCAAGCGAUUACUAAAUGUCCUCUUGGUAACCCAGCAAAUUAUCCUUUUGCCACCAUUGAACCGGAAGAAGCAAGAGUUAUUGUUCCAAGUGAGAGAUUUGAUAAAUUGUGUGAAUUAUAUAAGCCCAAGAGUGAAGUUCCAGCAUUUUUAACUGUUUAUGAUAUUGCUGGUUUGACUAAGGGUGCUGCUGCUGGUGAAGGUUUGGGUAACAAUUUCUUGUCCAACAUUAGAGCUGUUGAUGCUAUUUUCCAAAUGACUAGAGCUUUCGAUGAUGCCGAUAUUAUCCAUAUUAAUGAUGAAGUUAAUCCAGUUGCUGAUUUAGAAAUUGUCAGGGAUGAAUUAAGAUUAAAAGAUAUUGAAUUUGCAACCAAAUAUUUGGAAGGUAUUGAAAAAAUUACCAAAAGAGGUGGACAAUCUUUGGAAGUGAAGCAAAAGAAAGAAGAGGCUGAAUUGGUCAAGAGAAUUAUCAAAUUAUUGGAAGAUGGUCAAAGAGUUUAUAAUCAAACUUGGACUGCAAAAGAAGUUGAUUCUAUAAAUCAAAUGUUAUUGUUGACAGCUAAACCAGUCAUAUAUUUGAUCAACUUGUCAGAAAAGGAUUAUAUUAGAAAAAAGAACAAACAUCUUUUGAAAAUUAAAGAAUGGGUUGAUAAAAACUCACCUGGUGAUUUAAUUGUUCCAGUAUCAGUCUCAUUAGAAGAGAAAUUAGCAGGUAUGGCAUCAGAUGAAGAAAGAGAAGCAUACUGUAAAGAAAUUGGUGCUCAAUCAGCAUUGCCAAAGAUUAUUGUUGCCAUGAGACAAAAAUUAGAUUUGAUUUCAUUCUUUACAGGUGGUCCUGAUGAAGUUAGAGAGUGGACUAUCAGAAAAUGGUAUACUGCUCCACAAGCCGCCGGUACUAUUCACACAGAUUUAGAAAGAACUUUUAUAUUGGCACAAGUGAUCAAGUAUAAUGAUUUAAUUGAAUAUGGUGAUGAAGCAAGUGUUAAAGCAGCAGGUAAAUUGUUGCAAAAGGGUAAGGAUUAUUUCGUUGAGGAUGGAGAUAUCAUAUAUGUUAAAGCAGCUGAGGGUAAAGCUCGUUAA